CGGGCGCAGCACCUGCCGCGCGGUCAGGAGCCAGGUGGCUCGGCUCCGGCCUCGCCCAGCACCCCGCUGCAGGAAGUAGGUGAGACACGCGGCCUGGUGAGGAGGCGCCCGCUGCCGCAGCCCCAGCACCGGGAGCCGGGAGCCAGACCUAAUGGCGGCGCUGGCGCCCGCGGGCCUCAGGGACGCCGCCUCGGCAGCCCUGGACGAGCUAUCCCGGAACUUCACGUACGGGGCACCAGGCACAGGCAAUGGCUCCCUGUCGGGCGCAUGGUACCGCAGGAACCAGAGUCACCUGCUAGGAGUUGUGCUGGCCAUUUUAGGAAACUUAGUGAUCAGUAUUUCCCUAAAUAUUCAGAAAUACUCUCACCUGCAGUUGGCUCGGCAGGAACACCCGAAGCCGUACUUCAAGAGUGUGCUGUGGUGGGGUGGAGUGGCACUGAUGGCCGUGGGAGAAACAGGAAACUUUGCAGCCUAUGGAUUCGCUCCUGUGACCCUCAUCGCACCAUUAGGCUGCAUGUCUGUUACAGGUAGUGCUGCCAUUUCUGUUAUGUUCCUGAAAGAAAACUUGAGAGCUUCCGACUUACUAGGGAUGACACUGGCAUUUGCAGGAACAUAUUUAUUGGUGAACUUUGCUCCGAAUAUAACUCAGGCCAUUUCAGCGAGAACAGUCCAGUAUUUCUUUGUCGGCUGGCAAUUCCUGAUCUAUGUGAUUUUAGAGAUACUACUUUUCUGCAUUCUCCUAUACUUCCAUAAAAGAAGAGGGAUGAAGCAUAUGGCGAUCCUGUUAACUCUGGUGGCACUGCUAGCCUCACUGACUGUUAUUUCAGUAAAAGCUGUCUCGGGCAUGAUCACUUUUUCUCUGAUGGAUAAAAUGCAGCUCACUUAUCCCAUCUUCUAUAUCAUGUUUAUCAUCAUGAUAGCAUCUUGUGUUUUCCAAGUCAAGUUCCUGACCCAGGCCACGAAACUCUACAACACGACACUGCUGGUGCCUGUGAACCACGUGUGCUUUACAACCAGCGCCAUCAUCGCGGGUAUCAUAUUUUAUCAGGAAUUCCUUGGUGCUGCUUUUCUGACUGUAUUUAUAUAUCUUUUUGGGUGUUUUCUGUCAUUCCUUGGCGUGUUUUUGGUCACAAGAAAUCGAGAAAAGGAACAUCUGCAACAGUCUUAUGUUGACUUUGGAAAUAUUCCUGGGAAACAAAUAUUGGACAAAAUACAACAGGAUUCAAGUGGCUUAUCCUAUGGAACUUUGCCUGAUGAAAGUGACUCAACAAAGAGCCAAAGUGGAGAGAAGAAAGAGGCCUAAAAUGCCGAGAGGGGUGGCUCUUGGCCUGAUAUUCAAUACCACCUUUUUAAAAAAUUGCAUAUGUUCAAUUUGUGUCAGCAGCUAUUUCAUGCUGCCAUGUGCUAGCAUUCAUUUCAGUCCUCCCCUGACACCCCCACCCCAGCUCAGUGUCUGUGAACAGUCGUGGCCUUUCUGAGCCCUGACAAUCUCAGGCUCUUGUGGAAUGUAACACAAACACCCUGCACCUUUCCCCUGAUGAGCCUCCAACCAGCUCCACCUUAAUGAGUGUCUGGCUGCUGAGGCAGGACCGUCACACAAAAGCGGGCACUCACCAUUUGGCUGUAGGACGUGUAGUCUCCCAUGUGGCUUGUAGUGUCAGCUGCCUGACUUUAAGAGACCCCUCAGCCCUUUGGCCUUCAUCCUAAGCAAAAGGCUUGAAAGCG